AAAUCUCACGUUUUCCCACUGUGACCUCCGGACUGUCGUUGAGCAGAUGCACGCCUCCUAGCAUUAGCUUUUGGUGAAAGCCAGUCUCCAGAAAAACACCCCAAAAACAAACCGUCGGCUCCAGGCUGUUUUCUCUUUUUACUCGCGACUUUUCCGCCUCGCGCACGAGCUGAUCCAGGCCGACGGAGAGGAGCGGGGCUUGCCGGAGACAUGCCUGAAAUAGAGGAGCUUUCCCCCGCUGCGGGCCCGGUGUCCAUUCGCCCCCCCGAGGACGAGAUUGACGACGACGAAGACGAAGACCUGGAUGAGACGCUGAUGGAGCGGUUGUGGGGCCUGACGGAGAUGUUCCCGGACAGGGUCCGCACCGCGGCGGAAGUCUCCGCACAAUGCUCCGUGUCCCUGGCUAAGAAGUUUUACAGUUUUUCCCGCUCGGCGCUGUGGGUCGGCACUACCUCCUUCAUGAUCCUGGUGCUGCCAGUUGUGUUUGAGACGGAAAGGCUACAGCUGGAGCAGCAGCAGCUACAACAGCAGAGACAGAUCCUGUUGGGGCCCAACACUGGAAUGUCCGGUGGGAUGCCGGGCAUGAUGCCUCCUGCACCCGGCAAGAUGUGAGAACACGGAAAGGGCCAACAUGAACCUGAGAUCGACUGCUGGGCGAUACAGCGGGGGCCGGUCGCGAGGAGAGACAGAGAGACCACGGAGAAGGGCCGAGAACUGCAGUUGAAAGGAAGCGUAGAACCAAAGCUGGAUGUCAGCAGCAUGAAAGGCCCACUCCAACAUAAUGCAUUGGCCUGAUGGGACUCUUGGAGGAUGCAAUGCGUUUCUAACACUUCUCUCUCACUGUCUCUCCUUACUCCAAAAUCAUGCAGAGACUUAUUUUCAGGAGCACUGCUUCUAUUUUUUUCUCUUUUUUUAUUCAAUCUGCAUCACUAUGAAUAAUUGAGUUAUUUAGGGAGUAACAGUUAUCCGUGGCUAAAUUAAAAGCAAAAAGGUUACCAAUUGUAUGUGUGGGUGUUUGCAGCCUGAAGAAUGUUGCUAUAUUUUCAGUAUUUUAGCAGUUUGUUUCAUCUUCAUCUUCUGACGGACAGGUCUGAUGCAUUGUGAUCCACGCUGUUAAUAGAGGCGUGUUCUACAGGACGGCCUCUUGACGUUCAACAAGCAAAAUUAUACCAUUUUAUAUGUGGCCCAUUCCCAUGUGUACAUUUGUCACAUGUCACAGUUCAAAGUUAGACUAUCUACAGUGUGUAUGUCAGAGGGAAAUUUCUUUCACUUCGGGUGCUGGAUUGAUUGCAUUGCUGCAGUUUUAAGCAACAGAUUGUAUAAUACAAAAACACCAGAUUCAUGGUGUCAAAUUAUUCAGAGAUUGUUGGUUUCUGUUCUUUUGAGGGUCUGAAAAGAGAAACUAUUGUCAUUGAAAAUGGAAUACAUGUCAUACGGUUUUGGACAAAUUAAUGGAAAAUCACAUUUUAAUGAUGGGACAUUGUCCUGACGUGUUCUGUUUGUGCUCUGAUUGUGUUUUGUCUUUCUCUUUUGUCAUCCAUUUCAUUUUACACUCUUUUCUCUUCUGUAAGCAAACCCAUGUCUCUUUUUUUCUGUUCAACGUGACUGCGGUAAUAAACCCCAAAUUAAAUAGAAA